AUGCCCCUCGUUAUAAUCGCGGUCACGGCACUCAGAGGUCCGUCCAGCGGUCGCGAUCUCUCCAGGAGAGGCGCGGAGGCGUGGCGUCACGACACGAUUUCCCGGGGUGGCAAGACGGAGCUUUUGGGGGAGGAGGGAGCAUUUUCGGAGGAGGAGGAGGAGGGAGCAUUUUCGGAGGAGGAGGAGGAGGAGGAGGAGGAGGAGGAGGAGGAGGAGGAGGAGGAGGAGGAGGAGGAGGAGGAGGAGGAGGAGGAGGAGGAGGAGGGAGCAUUUUCGGAGAGAUGA